UAUUCCAUUUCAUUGUUUCCGUAAAAUAAUUAUCUUUUCUAUUUUGAAAUACUGUAAUUGUUUCAUCGAAAUUAAACAGGAAUACGUGCUAUAAAAUGAUCUUAAAAUAGCUACUUAACGUUAAUGUGGUUACUUAAUAAAAGUUUGUGCGUAAAAUAUCCGAAAAAAUAUGGAGAUAUCAAACUCAGGUAAAUCUCCGAACACGUCCAUUUCGUUUAGAUAUAAUGCAAAUAAUGAGGAACUAGAGGAGUUGUCCCAGGCCUGCGACGAUGAUCCACCGACGCCUCAGAGCGACCCGCCGCCCAAAACUGAAAAUACGAGCCCUAAAAAGACGGAGAAAUCUGCUUCAAUACUAGAUAAAUACUUCAAGUCAAUGCGCACUGAGAAACCCACUGAAAAGGUGGAAGAAAAGUCUGAUACUAAGCCUGAGGAGUCCAAGACACCAGUACCACCCAAGGAGGUUACAUCCUCACCCAUGAAGGACUAUUUGAAUCGUCUCGGAAAAAGGAGUAAUUCAGAAGUGGCACCAGAAACAAAAGAAGCUAACGAGACUUGGAAAAUUUUUCAUGACUUCAAAUACAAAAUAGCUCAAGCUGUUGAGGACAUGAAGACUCGUUCAGUGGAAGAAACAAAAGAAAAGGCUUUACCUAGGGAAAACUCAACUUCAGAUUCAGAAGAAAGUUCAGCUGUAAAAGAUUGUGAUCAGCAGAGUGUUGGUGAUACAGACAAUCAGGUAUCGUCAUUAGAUAGCAGCAUGCAAAACUUAUCAGAAAUGACUCAGCCUCUAACGGCCAAGCCUACGGAGUUAGAGUUAAGCUGUGAGCCGAGCUUGACCAAAAACAACUCCGAAUCCAGUGAUGAUACACACAAAAAUAUAGGUCAAUUUGAUAUAGAUCAAAGUCCAGAUUCGAUACAAGAUAACGAUUUAGAGGUGGAAUCGGGUAUAGAGGCUCUGGAAGACACAAUAGAUGCGUUCGGUGAUGUCACUCAGCUUCCCGAAUCUCACCGAGGGACACCAAUAGAGCCUAAAUACAUCCCUAGCACUCCUAUAACUGCGCCAAACUUCGAUUUCCCGCUAAACAGAAGCGCCAAAGUGGAGCCAGUUAAAAAUAGAACAUACUUUUUAAAAUUUUCAAUGUAUUUCCUAACAAUAUUUUUACUAAUUAGCUACAUAAUAUUUCCUAAUGCCAAUGUCUGGAAUGGGUUCCUUAUGGGAGUUUGGUUCAUUGUUUUUACAAAUAACUUAAAGGAUUGGAUACUGGAUACUUAUUUUACUGACAGUGAUACUGCGAAGACGGGAUUCUUUCAAGUGAGGAGUACAAAUCACUUGACAUACACCAUACUACCUUCCGUGAAGGAACACAGGCCUUUGAAGAAGUUUGAGGGCUGGCUGAACCACUACAGAUUUCCAGACUACGAUCCAUUUACAUACCACAUAAAUAAGACUACUACUGCCUUUGUGAAACUUGAAGGCUGCAACCUGCGGAUAUCGUACACGCGGGCGAAGAUAGCGAAGCGCGCGCUGUGGGACGAGAAGAUAGACCACGUGACGUUCUACCAGCAUCGCCUGUACAACCUCACCGGCGCCAGGGUCAUACUGCUGCCGAAGGGGCUGGUGAAAAGACGGCAAUGGAGCAAGAAAUACCCCAUCUGUAUAAUACUGAGCGAGAAGGAGAAAAUUCAAGUGCUAGAAAAGGAGAGCUCUACCAGUGAAAAGAAGUCUGAACUAGAUAAGAAGAUUAAGGAGGUUCUACCGGAAGCGGAGAUAAAUGACGUCAAUACUAGUCCCGAAAAGAAGAAGAAGUUCGUAUGGAGAAGAAGAGAAAAGAGUAUACCGAACAGCGAAAAUGAACCAGGGAGGGAAGGCUUACGGCAUAGGAUAGCCAGGAAAAUACACAAUAAAGAUAAGAAGACAGAAACUGCAUCUACCAGUACAGAACCCGAACAGCCUGAUAGAUUAUCACAAGAGGAAACAAUGAUAGAGCUGGAUGACGUCACAACAAAAUCCGUAGCCAGUAAAGAGGACGAAGAUGAUAUCGAUGACAGCGAGAUAUCUAGGAUAAAGGAGUUUCUAGAUGAAGCGGAACAAGAGGAGGGGGCAGAGAGCCAGGCGGAGGGGGAGUGGAGCGUGCACGUCAGACCGUCCACCGACAGACACGCCCGCCUGUUCCUGUUCACGCGCACCGGCCGGGACAAGCACGACUGGUACCGUCGACUCCUGACGGCAGUUUCGGAGGCGAACGCGUCAGCGGAGUCGUCAGCAGCCGAUGACAACAAGUCUGUCAAUGAGGAAACCAAAGAUGGCAUUGAAAUGGGUGCUUACAAACUCGCAGAGAAAGACACCGUGUCGUUUGCUAAGAAUAAGAACAACGAGUCGAGUUCAGAGGGUGUGACGAUAAACGCGACGCCAACACACUCCUCCAGCUUCGAGUCCUACGAGAAAACAUUUUUGCCCUACCUACUGAAGGUUAUAGAGUCGGAAUGUCUACCACCGGAAUGCGCGUGUCGCAAGCUGGCGGCGGAGGUGUCGUGGCUAAACACGCUUGUCGCGCGCGUCAUGUUCGACGUGUCGCGCGACCCCUACACUGUCGCGCGACUGCAGGCCAAGAUACAACGGAAGUUGCAUACGCUCAAGUUACCAUCAUUCAUGAGUCCACUAGCUGUCACCAAACUGACACUAGCGGGCUGCCCGAUCGUGCGGCGCGUGCGAGCGGCGGCGGCGGACGAGCGCGGGCUGUGGUUACACGCGGACGUCAGCUACGCGGGCGGCGCCAGCAUCACCAUACUCACCCAGAUCAACCUCAUGAAGCUGAAGGAGAAGAGCACAACAUUGGAUGGUCAGUCAGAAGAGAGCGAAGAUGAGGAACCGCAGAAGGAAGUGACCAUGUCGCCCGUCAAAGGCAUUUCUACUGAGAAACAGCUUAGGAAACGCAAGCCAGCGAUAUUCGACUCAGACAUGGAGGACUCGGCGGAGUCGAGCAGCGACGACGAGAGCCCGCCCGUACAGCCCGUAGACAGCGCUGAGAACAUGCUGCCCGCUGACUCCGCAUCGACCACUGGCGAGGGAAGCUCAAAAAAGAAGUUCCUACGUAUGGUGGACAAAAUAGCAACGAAUAAGUAUUUCCAACAGGUGACAGAAUACAAGUACGUGAAGCGCGGCAUGGAAGCGCUGUCGAACACGGACAUCAAGCUGCAGCUAGAGCUUGUGGGACUGGACGGCACGCUCGCCAUCAACGUGCCGCCGCCGCCGCACGACCGGAUAUGGCUCGGCUUCGUAACCAACCCGCAACUGGUGCUAAAAGCGCGGCCGGCGGUCGGCGCGCGUACGCUGCGAUUCGCUCACAUCACCAACUGGAUAGAACAGAAGCUGACCAGGGAGUUCGAGAAGGUGCUCGUCAUACCCAACAUGGAGGACUUCAUCGUUGAUGUCAUGACACCCACGCCCGUUGAAUUUGAAUAAGGUACUAUAGAAUACUAUAGAUAUUGAUAGAUAUGAACCGUGAGAGAUCGAAAUAAGCGAUUUGUUACUGAUACAUCCGAUAUACUGACCAAUAACGCUCGUGGUAAGUGGUGGUAAAUAGGGGCCGUACCACAAAACCGUUUUGAGACUUAAACGAACGAAUCGAAUUGCUGCGUCCUUCUCUAACAACGUUUGUUUGAGCAGGAUGUGGCAUUCCGAAUCGAUCGUUUGAGUCUCAAAACGGUUUCGUGGUAGGCCUCCUGUACCGAAACGAAAAUGGGAGAUUCGACA